AUGUCCAAAAACUUUACUGUCGUCAUCGCGACGUCGCUCGCUCUCUCGACGCAAUUCCAAGCGGCUCUCUCCUCUCCCACGACGGACCCCGCAGCGACUGAAUACAAAGGAAAAGAUGCUCUGCCUCUGGUAUCAGCAUCGGCGACUGCGCUCAGGGCGCAAGUCACGAAACUCUCUCUUCUAGCGAUGAUGUCGCCCUUCACUCCCUCAGCUAUUGCAGGUAUCCUGACGGCCGUGAACGAGUCGGUGCUUCCCUCGCUCGUCACCGCCGCCCUGCUCGUCACUCCGAAUAAAUAUACCAAGGCAUUCCACACAGAAAUCAAUACGCUGUCCAAGACAACCCUGAAGGAAUUCUCGGCAUUGGUGGAGGAAGUGAAGCUGAUUGCCAAGCAGACGGAUGAGGCGAAAAGGGAAGGAAAAGACGACAAAGAUAUCACCAAGCCGGAUCUGACGCUCUCGACCGGGCGUGUGUGGGAUGCCUGCGAUAGGCUGAACGACCUCGUCGCAAAGGGGGUUGUGGGGUUUGUGAUACGCCGCGUUGAGGAAUGGCGAGACCUAGUGCGCGAUGCAAUGGAGGAGAUUGAGGAGUGGGAUCCCGAGGAAGGAGACGAUUUCUUCGAUGACCUGAUAGGCGAGGAGGGGAAGGCAGACGAGGACCAGCAAAAUGACGAUGAUGGCGAUGACGAUGAUGAUCAGGAUACAGCCGCUCUCCUCGCGCAUAAAAAGGCUACGCUUCGUUUCCUCAAGCCCGUCGUCCAGAUGUACUCUGUCGUCGUCGUAAACCGACUAAGGAUCACUGGAGGCAUUUCGCUAGAGCCUUCCGAGAAUAUAGCGAAGCUAGAGUCGCUCAUGGCCAAUCUCCAAAGCAUCCCGGAUCAAGUUGACGAAGCGGCCGGCGCGCUCUACGAAGACAAUACAGACGGACUAAUCCGUCAUAUGAAACAAGUGAAAAGCCACGCCGCGAACGCUGUUGAUAUACUCGUUUCGCCAUGGAGCACCAAGAAAGACGCAAGGGCGAAGAGCUCGACAGAGGACAAAUUCGCAAUGUGGUCCAAGGCUUGGGUGAAAGUGUUGCGUGAGGUUACCAGAUGGCUGGAUGAGACGCCGGACAAGGCCUGA